CACAACAUGGCUGGAUUAUAGAAGGUGCUCGGCUGAUAUUUUUAGGUCAUAGUCAAGGGGAAACGUCGCACAGCUGCUCGAAAACACCCUGUAUUCAAAGUUGGAAUCGUAUUCAUGUUUGGCACAAUACGUAUUGCGUAGGGAAGUAGAAUGCACAGUCUUACCAAGGCGACUUUGGCCUUCGGUGGAAUUGGUCGGCGUUAUAUUACAGUAAAACACAAGCAUGCUUUAACAGUCAUCAGCCGCGGAUUAGUGUGCACAGUCCACGGGGAGGAUUGUGAAAACAAUGAGGUAUAUGAUGUUAUUAUAUCCGGAGGAGGGAUGGUGGGAUCCGCCAUGGCCUGUUCCUUAGGCAUGGACCCCAAUUUAGUGGGGAAAAAGAUUCUUCUGCUUGAAGCUGGCAACAAAAAAGUGAUGGACAAGGUCCCAGACACCUACAGCACCAGAGUCAGCUCCAUCAGUCCUGGGUCUGCCACACUCCUCAGUGGGAUUGGAGCAUGGGAUCACAUCACAAGCAUGAGGUGCAAGCCCUAUCAGAAGAUGCAGGUUUGGGAUGCCUGCUCCGAUGCCCUGAUUACAUUCGAUAAGGAGAACCUGCAGGAUGAGAUGGCAUACAUCGUGGAGAACGACAUCAUUGUGGCUGCACUCACAAAACAGUUGGACAGCCUCUCUGAUAAUGUGAAUGUCAAGUACAGGUCCAAGGUGGUGAAGUACGCAUGGCCCAUGUCUUACCAGGUGGCUGACUCGAUUCCUUGGGUCCAGGUCAAGUUGGCCAGUGGUGAGACCUUUCAAACCAAGCUACUGAUUGGCGCUGAUGGACCAAAUUCAAUGGUGAGGCGGGAAUUGGGGAUACCCACCGUCAAGUGGAAUUAUGACCAAUCUGCUGUGGUUGCUGUGCUGCACCUUUCUGAGCCCACCGAAAACAAUGUCGCAUGGCAGAGAUUCCUCCCAACAGGACCCAUAGCGAUGUUGCCGUUGUCCGACACAGAGAGCUCUCUGGUGUGGUCUACCAGCCACCGCCAUGCUGAAGAACUGCUGGAACUGGAUGAGGAGAGCUUUGUGGAUGCCAUCAACUCUGCUUUUUGGAGUAACGAGAACCAGUCUGAGUUGAUCGAGACGGCCGGCUCUAUGUUCCGUAGCGCCCUGUCAGUCCUCAUACCAUCCGCCGGCUCUGCCCGCCAGCUGCCUCCCAGUGUAGCAAGGAUCGGUCCAAAGAGCAGGGUCAUGUUCCCACUGGGCAUGGGUCAUGCAUCUGAGUACAUCAGGCACCGGGUGGCUCUCAUUGGGGAUGCAGCCCACCGCGUUCACCCUCUGGCUGGUCAGGGAGCCAACCUGGGCUUUGGGGAUGUGGCUUUCCUCACGCAGGUCCUGAGCCAAGCAGCCUUUAACGGGAAGGACCUUGGAGCGAUGCAGCACCUGUUGGAAUACGAGACUGAACGGCAACGACACAACCUGCCCAUGAUGGCUGCCAUAGACCUCAUGAAGCGUCUCUAUUCCACUAAUGCUGCCCCUGUGGUUCUCCUUCGCACAUUUGGUCUCCAAGCCACCAACAUGUUACCACCGCUGAAAGAGCAGAUCAUGGCAUACGCUAGCAAGUGAUGCUUUGGUUACGCAGUGACUAUUUAAUGGACCCCAAGACUGUAUGCUGCUGUGGCUUUUUGAAGGGAAUGUAAAAGUGUAAAUUAAUAAAGUUUUAUUUUAUUCUUUUUUGUGUUUCUUGUUAUAAGUCGAGCAAGAAGGACCAGUGCCUCAUAUUGCGAAAGAAGCGACAGCACUGUCAUGGGCUACACGUGCAGACAUUUUAAUAUACGACGUGAGCACGGAUCGAAAAACUAGCUCGCUGUAUGAUCAACUUGAGGUGAAACCUAAGUACAGUUUUGAUUCUUUCUUAUAUCCUGAAAUGGCUGAUCACAGGUGGAUUUCAUCUUGAUAAAUAAGUACAAAUCUGUGCAAUUUUCACGUUUUAUUAAAACAUACAUAUUUAGUACAAAUAUUUCCACUGACAAGGUUUCAUAAAACAACAAAAUGUACAUGUCUGUCAUCAGGUGAUUCAGCUGAUGAACAUCGAGGCAUUUGUGCAGGAUUGUUGCGUUGCUGCAAUGUAUAAGCAUUUUUGUUUUUUUUUUGGUUUAAAUACUUCACUAAUAAAAGUUUACAC